AUGUCAACAAAACGCAAAGCGCCGGUCAAGCUGGCUGCUCCCGUCGCUAGAACUAGCGCUCGAAUUCCCAACAAGUCCAUCAUCGACGAGUCAAAGGCCUCCAUCGCCGGACCCGACGUCCUCCAGCCCUCGCAGGUUGAGACCAUUGAGAUCUCGUCUGAUAACGACAGCGACGAAGACGUCUCCGAUGCCGAGAGCCCAGAGGAGGAGCAGGCCGCUCAGGAUACUGCCGUGACAAGCACCCGCCAAAAGGCCGCAAAGCAAAAGCCCAAUGGCCAGUCUAACGACGAGGAAUCAGACGCUGAGGGAACAUCGCCUUCUUUCGGAGAGCUUCUCCGUGCAGAGAACGAUAUCAUUGAUGUGCCCUCCGCACUCAACGGCACAGUCGUCUCCCAGCCUUCGCGAAAUGCCAUUGUGCCCCCGACACACCAGUCCCUUACCACCGUUCUCUCUCAGGCCCUCCGUACCGACGACACAGACCUUCUCGAGUCGUGUUUGCACACCACCGAUCUCCCCACCAUCCGCAACACCAUUGAGCGCCUCGACAGCGCUCUCGCCGGCACUCUUCUUACCAAGCUCGCCGCUCGCUUGUACCGCCGCCCUGGUCGUGCCGGAAACCUUAUGACUUGGGUCCAGUGGACACUAGUCGCUCACGGUGGUGCCCUCGCAUCUCAGCCCAAGGUUAUCCACAGUCUGAGUGGCCUGCAAAAGGUUCUCGCUGAGCGCGCCAAGGGUCUGUCAAGUCUCCUCGCCCUGAAGGGUAAGCUCGAUAUGCUCGAGGGUCAAAUGGAUCUUCGUCGCAAGAUGUCGCGCCCCGGUCUUCACAACGGCGAUAACUCGGACUCUGACGAAGAUGACGAGGAUGUUAUCUGGGUUGAGGGUGAAGACGAUGCUGCGCGCACACCUGGUCGAAGGCGAGGUCUUGACACCGAGUUUGACGAUUCAGACGAUGAUGUUCCUAUUACCAACGGCUUUGUUGGUGACUCUGACGAUGAGGAGGAUUCAGCUGGUGAGGAGGACGAUAGUGAUGCCGAGGAGUCUUUGGACGAGGAUGAGGUCAACCAUGACGAUGUGGAUGAGUCUAUGGGUGAGGAUGAGGAAAGCGAUGUUGAAGCUGCGCCACCAUCCAAAUUGCAAAAGACGGCUGGUAGCUUCGGCAAGCGGAGGUAA